UGGCGGGGCGGUGGCAGGGGCAGAGCCGCGCCGGGCAGCGGCCGGGCGCGGGGCGCAGUGCGGGUCUCCGCCGGGAGGCAUGGGCCAGGACUUGCUGUGGCUCAACCACUCCGGCAGCCCACGGGCAGCGGGCAACGCUUGUGCGGCGGACGGGCAACGCGGCGGGUCCUUCGCGGCCGCCACCGCCGCGCUGCUGGCGGCGUUCAGGGGGCUGCUGGUGCUGGCCACGGUGCUGGGCAAUGCCCUGGUUAUUCUGGCGUUCGUGGCCGACCGGAGCCUCCGCACGCAGGGCAACUUUUUCUUCCUCAACCUGGCCAUCGCCGACCUCCUGGUGGGCGGCUUCUGCAUCCCCCUCUACAUCCCCUACGUGCUGACGGGCGAGUGGAGACUCGGCAGGGGCUUGCGUAAGCUGUGGCUAGUGGUGGACUACCUGGUGUGCACCGCCUCAGUCUUCAACAUCGUCCUCAUCAGCUUCGACAGGUUCAUCUCUGCAACCAGAGCGGUCAGUUACCGGGCUCAGAAGGGGAUGACCAGAAAUGCAGUGCUAAAGAUGAUCACUGUAUGGAUUGCUGCUUUUCUUCUCUACGGUCCAGCCAUUCUCAGUUGGGAGCACAUUGCCCAAAAGAGCAUUCUCCCUGAAGGAGAAUGUCAUGCAGAAUUCUUCUACAACUGGUAUUUCCUAAUGAUUGCCUCUACUAUUGAAUUCUUUACACCUUUCAUCACUGUUACAUACUUUAACUUAAGUAUUUACCUCAACAUCAGGAAACGCAUAUCCCUCAGGAAAGAAAACCUAUCACCUGGUCAAGAGGACUGUGAAAUGAGUUUCCAAGGGGAAAAAAGGGAACACACUAUAUUUUUUGUAAAAUCUGCUAACAGACACAAACAUGAGAAGAGAGUAAGCAGCCGUUCUCCCCGCAAAAAGGCUUCAAGGGUUAGCCAACAUAAGCUUGGCAAUCAGUCAUUAAAUUUGAAUGUCAAUCAAGACCUUCCACCACUCCAGGUGGAAGUUGAGACCAAGCCUCAUAGGAGUGGUUUCUACAAAACUACAGAAGGCAUAUACAGCACCACCAGCAGCGUGAACAUGGCUAACACUAUGGCAAACAGAUUUAGACUUUCCCGGGAUAAGAGAAUAGCAAAGUCUUUAGCAAUUAUUGUCUGUGUGUUUGGUUUGUGUUGGGCUCCAUAUACACUUCUGAUGAUCAUCAGAGCAGCUUGCCAUGGCCACUGCGUGCAGUAUUCACUCUAUGAGACUUCCUUUUGGCUUCUGUGGGUGAAUUCAGCCAUUAACCCUGUUCUAUACCCUCUGUGUCACAUGAGCUUCAGGAAAGCCUUUAUAAAACUACUGUGCCCAGGAAAAGCCAAAAUUCAUCCUCAUAUUUUUAUGUGAAAAGUGUGAAGUAUCUUCCUUUCAGUGGGAGCAUGAACUGGCUAAUAUUCACCUGCAAAUAUUAUAAUCAUCCACAUAGCUGGAGAAAUCACAGCAAUGAAAAGAAAGAUAAUUUCUCAAAGCUCUUUGGGAAUUAUGCCGACAGUAUAUUUUCUGGUAAUGGUGCGCUAGCAUUACAGUGCAGAAAAGGGAAUAUAACAUUUAUGGCCAAUAAUAAGAGUUCAGGCUCUCUCACUUUUCAUAACUGUAAAUACUGUUGGUAAGGAAUUUCAUAAAGUCUUAACCUUGGACCUGUUACGUUUUACCCCCAAACCCACUCUAAGACACCAAGGGUCUCAGCUGUUAAGCGUAGGAUGCUUUUCCCUCCACUUAGUGACAAGCCAGAUGAGAUAAUGACCAAUGCAAAAAACUAAAUACUGGUGUCUAGGAAAAGCAUGGGACAAGAGGAACCAGACUGGUCAGGUUACCAGAGCAGCUUAGCAAUUGUAGCAGGUAAGGGAGCACUGAUUUCAGUGGAAAAGGUGACUGAGAAAUAGUAGAACUAAGUUCAGUAAUAGGAAUAAAAGAGAGGUUUGAGCUCUGUAAUAGAAGCUAUGAUAAUUGAGAGAGUUUAUACACUGGAAGAGUUUCACCAUGAGUUUCCUACCUCAGCUAUUUCCUUCCUGCCCUCUGUCAGGAUUCUCCAUGGGCAGGAAUCUACUCAAGUCAAGCCUCUGCUCCUCCUUACAGGACUGACAGGUAUUACUCUUCUAUCUUUUGCUGUAAGUAUUGAGUAAGCAUGAUUGGUCCGAGAUCUACAUCAGACAGAUCUUGCUAUAGACAUAGCUUUAGGUAAACUUCCAUUGGAGUAAUUUUUACAUUUCCAAUUAGACUUUUACUAGUUCUGGCCAGUUCUGAAAAAAAUGUUGUGUUCCCCUACCCCACCCAUUGGAUCUAUUAAUCAAGUCAUAGUGGUUAAAAAAAAAAAUAAAAAAAAAUUGUUCAGUCAUUUUCUAAGUCAUGCAUCAUGAACAGCACAACUUAGAAAAGUCUAAAAUUUACAGCCUUGCUAUUGUGUGUUUGAGAACCAAGAACCAACAACUACAUACUGUUCUUGCCAUUCUGCCUCUGCCACAAGAGAAGCUCACACAGGCAGAUCCCAAGUUUUGACUAGAUUUGUCCUAUAAGAGUUAUGAAUUUGAACAUCACUUGUGACACAAGUUUGUUUCCGCCAUCAUAAGCCUUUUCUACAUAGCUUAACAGACACUUUACUGGCAGGUGAUAGUUACUGAACAGCAGUAGUUGUCCACUUGCACAGCCAAAAUGCGUAUUAGUACAGUUGAUCUUAAAGUUUACAGACAAUAUUUUGAAAUAAUUUACUUUAUAAAAUUUCAAUAAAAGCAAUUAAGAACUGUGGACAAGUUAUAGCUUUGUAGCCUUAAGAAGUGGUACAUGGGAAAAAGCACUAGCUACAACAUUUGGGUUACUGCAGUUGAAACCACCACAAAACUGUUAUUCAAAGACAAUUCCUAAGUUACAAGUACCAACCUUGAGCAUUAAACAAACAUGGUUAGCAAAUACUGUAUACUAGGAAGGCAUAUUGCUACUACAUGAAUGGAUCUACAUGAACGUGAUCAUCAUGUUCUGCUAUGCAUGUUUUAUAAUAAAAAAAUCAUCUUAAAAGUUUUCUUAGGAGGAACAUUAUCCAGAUACAGAGCGACAUUAAGGUUUUUCAGCAGCAUUAAUUACACCACUUGGGCAAGUAAAGCCAUUAGAUCAUCUCAUUCCUCCUCCCCUCCAAGACAGACUUACACAUCAGUAGAUCAAUGAUCUAACUGUUGUCAUUGUUGUCUACUCCCUAAUUCUGUUUCUUAGGAUCAUAUUUGCCUUUUUCAUAGAACAAGUUACACUAAAUUAUUGGAGUCUCAUUCACUAUCCAAUCAAGUCAGGACAAUUUUCACAACAGUGGUCAACUCAAGAAACAAGGAAGUUCAAUCAGUUAAGCUUUAGAACAUUACAUUCAGUUAAGGUAAAACAAAAUUUCAAAGCUUUCAGCAACUGGCAUUAACUUACAGACCAGACCAGUUUUCACAGGAGUUGCCAUGGGCAAUUGUUCUACCACUCUGAUUCCUAUGGCUUUUCUUGUAAUUUCCACUCAUUACUCUAGCACAGACCUAGAAUCCCGUAGGGUUUUCUACCACUCUCAUGAUACGUCAUAAAAGCAUUCUGAAAUGUGAAAACACAUCAUCUCAGCAUCAGUUGGAAAAAUACUGGGUUUGAAUGACAAACUUCCACAUCAGAAACAUAGAAGCCUCCCAGCUUGUCCAGGUUAACUAUGCUGUAAUUUUUCUGUCCCUACAAAACAGAAGUUCUUCUGUUUUUAUCAAAAGGUUCAACAUUAACAUUGGAUUCAACAGUGGGCUCUGAAGAGACAUGAAACAACAUGUGUUAAUAGCAACUUUAUUGUUUCACUGGUGCAAAAUCAUGAUACUGAAUAAACUCGUGUAAUGUGUUUCUCCCUAAAUUUACAGUAAUGAAGGUUAUACAUAUCUAUAUAGAUUGCAAUUUCUCUAUUUUUAUACUAUUUGGAACAAAGUUAUCUUGAUAAAUAUGCCCUGUGCACAGUACUGGCCCUCACUGAAUGUCACAGAGCCUUAAUAUGCAAAAUAUAACUUCUGGUUUUGAACAUGGUGCUUUAAAAUUCUCCAAACAUGCAUUAAUAUAUUCUAGUUUUUAGGGAAAAAUAUUACACUUAGUCUUAACUUGCAUUAUAAGAAAAGCACAAGCAGAAUCUGACAUACAAUAAUACCAAAAAUCUGAUGCUCUGUGUAAGGAUCAGACAGAGUUUCAGAUGACAGUCACUGCCAAUUUAGAACUCUAGUGCUACAGAAGCAACACUGAACAAACAGAAGAGAAAUCAGAACCUGAAGAGCCCUACCAUGUCACAUGGAUUUCAAAGAAAGUUUCAGCCAUGCUAACUGACGAAACCUGCAGUUGCUGGUCCAACCUUUCAAAUUGUUAAAAGUACUCAAUGCAAGUGUUUGAAGUGCCAGACUAAACACAUGAAUGUUAACUUGACAUUUAUGAAAGGCACAACCUAUGAAUCUAUCUUAAAAAAAAAAAAAAAAAAAAGAAAAAACCCCAUAC